CACAAUCAACACCGAGAGGGAAGUUUCUCGAACAUAAAAAGGGCGUUCGUGGUAGAGAAAGGUGAAACCAAAGGAACAUCCAACAAUUUUGAUCUUCCAGUUUGAACGAAGCGGCUUCCUUCGCUUUAUCGGUUCUCCUAUUCUCAGGAAAUCGAAAAUGAGAGGUAGAAGCUACAGUUACAGUCCAUCACCACCAAGAAGUUAUGGCAGGAGAUAUCGUAGCCCUAGUCCAAGGGGUCGUGGAGGUCGUAGAAGGGACCUGCCAACAAGUCUUUUGGUUAGGAACUUGAGGCACGACUGCAGGCCAGAGGACCUACGAGGAUUAUUUGGGCGGUUUGGUCCCCUUAAGGACAUUUACUUGCCACGAGAUUAUUAUUCUGGAGAACCGCGUGGUUUUGGAUUUGUUCAGUUCGUUGUUGAUGCUGCUGAUGCUGCUGAUGCCAAGUAUGAAUUGGAUGGCCAAGUUCUCCUGGGUCAUGAACUAACUGUUGUGUUUGCUGAGGAAAACAGGAAGAGACCUGAAGAGAUGAGAGCACGGGACUCAUCAAGGGGUCGGUCCUACAGUUACAGCCACCGGCAUUCACCAUUGCGAUAUUCACAAUCACCACACUAUGAUCGAAAAUAUUCACGUUGUCCAGAGUAUUAUUCCCCUGCACGGUCCAGACGAUAUUCAAGGUCGCCUAGGGGUCCGAGGUACAGGGAGCAAUCGUACUCAAGGUCACCAUCUGAUCCAAGGGGCCGCAGUUACAGCCGAAGCAGGAGCCGUAGCUAUAGCCGAAGUUAUUCUAGGUGAGUAAAAAUAGUUUUAUUCAAGUUUUAAGAAAAGCCAGCGAGCCAGCUGAUCUUUCUGAAGACAGACCCAGAAACUAUGAUUUAAAUUAUGCUUGGAAUUUGGAUUUCAGAGGCUUUGUAUAUGUGUUGUGUUUUAGAAAAUGCUUUUGUUUAAGAGAUAAAACUGAUUUUUAUGCUCUUAUUGAACAAAUUAAUGAGCUUUUAUGGCUGUUUUCUCCAUGUAAAAUGAAACUUUGGAUUUUUAGACUUUUCUUUUCUAAAA